UUUUACAUCAUUCUGAGCGAUCCUUGCAUUCACCACCACGUCUGAGCAGGAAAAUCACAUCGCCGCACGCCCGAGUUCUCCUCCUCGAAGCGAGCAGCCGCCGGCCAAUUGACCAUAAGAGCACGAGACGAGCUCUCCCCCGGCGGCCACGGCGAAGCUUCCAUCACCUUCUCCCUACCCCCGCGUUCUGCACAGAUGCCUUGCCCGGGACGGGAGCUUGCCUAACUCCUUAGCCCGGCUAUCCCGUCUGACGCGCAUCCGCGCCCUCCUCCGGACAUCAAGAACUUUACGAAUCCCGAUCGGUCUACUUUACGGACGGACAAGGCUCUUCAGCUUCCUCUCGUCUCGCUGGGGUCUUUUUGAAGAGCCUGAGCGGUGGCAGACAUAUCAACGAUCGCCCCUCGACAUGCUACAAACUAUGCUUGGCCUACGGGCCGCACCUUUUCUGCGAGCUGUCAAUCGAGCGGCAGCGGCGCCUGCACGGGACGGAGUCUGGAGGCGCUUCUUUAGCUCCGAAAGCACGCAAGCGAUGGCGAGAUACAUGCAGGGGAAGGGCUCAAAGCCGGUGUCGCUGCUGAGAGCCGGUACACGCCAGGGCGCCACCACGCGAACACCACUCGGCUUCGCUGGCAUGGGGCCGAGGAUGCAGCGCCGCGGCUUCAGGUUCUCGUCCUGGCGGAGAAACGCUAAUGGCGACAAGCCGCAGGAGAAGCUGUCGCUGGGCGCGCGGCUCAAGAAGCUCUCCAAGGAGUACGGCUGGUCCGCCGUGGGCGUCUACCUCGCACUGAGCGUCCUCGACUUUCCGUUUUGCUUCCUCCUCGUGCGUGUCGUCGGUACCGACACGAUUGGUAAGAUUGAACACUAUGUCGUCUCGUCGGCGAAGAACUGGAUCCCCGAGUCGGUGCGCGAGGCGGCCCAUAGAUACUGGAGCUCCAUCAAAAGCGUGGAAACGGACAAGCUCGGGGACGACGGCAUCACCGAAAAGGUCGAGAUGGCCGGCUGGGGCGUCCAGGAGGCCAACGAGCGCAACAAGGAGGAAGCGAGUAAGUCUUGCGAGCCAUCGUCUCUCCCCUCUUUCUCUCCCCACACUGCGUGCCCCCCGAUCCAUCCUUCCAAUGUUACACCGAAACCCUGGUGGUGGUAUUGGCGGUAUCGUCUACUGCUCGUGUGUUUCGGAGAUCUAUCCGACGGUCCGAUGCUGAACUUGGUGCGCUUCUGCAGGCUUGGCGACGCAGCUCGCCCUCGCGUACGCCAUUCACAAGAGUUUCAUCUUCAUCCGGGUGCCACUCACCGCGGCCGUCACCCCCAAGGUUGUCAAGAUGCUCCGUUCGUGGGGCUGGAACAUUGGCAAGAAGCGCCCCUCGUAGACGCCGAUGACGAUGACGACCACAGAACAGACAAGGCUGCCUGCCGCCCGAAGUCCAGCGCUGAGCCAAAGCCAUUUGGGAUACGCGAGGAUUCCACAAUUGGGCUACGGACUGCACUUGUUUGUUGGUUCCAUCAAUCAGCAUAGAAGUAGGAGAACAGGAACGUAAGGAGGUCGUAUCGGCUGUACAGUAGUGACUUACCUAUUAGACGGGCCAAGCCCAUGGCGGCAGCGCCUGCGCGUCUAAUCAUCUGCCGUGAGCGAAGGGGGGGGGG